UAGGUUACAUUAUAUUGUUUUGUCCUUUCUUCAUUAAUUUCAUUUUAUGUCCACUUUUUCCCUGAUAACAUAAUGAGAAAUAAAAGAAAUGUUACUUAAGUUACAAUAUGAUUAGUAAUUAGUUGUGCUCAUUUAGUUUUGUAUAUUUAUUGUUGUUCAAUACUAUAAAUUGUGUCGAGUGUUCUAAAAUCAUUUGUUUUAUCAUUUCAUAUAUAUAUAUAUUUUCUUUUUCUUAAUAUCUCUACUUAUUCUUUCUAAAUAACAAAUAAGAACUAUAAAAUUUUAUAAAUAAAAAUGCAUAGCAUUGUUGAGUAUAUUUCUGGACAUGAAGGUUACAAAUGCGGUUACUGUAAGAGUCCAAAUACUAAUUUUAGUCAUGGUAUGUGGGCGCAUACUUUAACUGUGAGUGAUUAUCAAGAUCUCAUUGAUAGAGGCUGGAGGCGAUCAGGAAAAUAUUGCUAUAAACCAACCAUGGAUGUAACAUGUUGUCCUAUGUACACUAUCAGGUGCAGAGCUCUAGAGUUUAAAGCAACAAAGUCACAGAAAAAAGUGUUAAAACGAUUCAAUAAGUAUUUAUUGGGUCAAGAUAACACUGAAUCUUCUGGCAAUCUAGAUAGAAAGAUGUCAUGCAGUAGUUUGGAUGAUAACAUGGAACAUUUACAAGAAGGACAAGAAUGUUUUGUAGAACCUACUCAAGGACAUCAAGACAUUGAUAUUGCCAAUGUAGUUAUUGGUGCUGUGCAGUCUGAUAAACUAAAUGUUGAAGAUGAUAAAGGGGAAGGCUCGACUGAAUCAAGUUCAAGUAAAAAUCUUAAAGAGAAUGAUUUGGAAAUGAAAUGUUCUGGGCCUGAUCCUACAAGAGCGCCUUGCAAAAAAGCAAAGCAACUAAGGCGUGAGAGGAAGUUGGAAAAACUUAAAGAAAAAGGCAUCGAUGUAUCUAUUGUGAUGAACAGCAACAAAAACAAGGAAAAACAAAUAGAGGACUUUAUAAAUGACCUGCCUGAUGACGUUAAACAAAAGUUGGAGAUAAGGUUGGUACGUACUACUCCACCCAGCCCGGAAUGGUUGGCAACAGCAAAGGAGACGCAUCAAGUAUAUGUCAAAUAUCAAACAAUUAUACACAAUGACAAGCCGCAAAAAUGUCUUGAAGAAAAGUUUCAAGAUUUUUUAGUAAAAAGUCCUUUGCUGGAAGAAAAAACUGAGACUGGUCCACCAUGCGGCUAUGGGUCGUUCCACCAGCAAUACCGGUUAGAUGGGAAGUUGAUCGCUGUAGGCGUGAUCGAUAUAUUGCCUAAGUGCGUUUCUUCAGUCUAUUUCUUCUAUGACCCGGAGUAUAUGAAUCUAACAUUGGGCACCUAUGGAGCACUCAGAGAGAUCGAAUUUACAAGACAAUUACACUCGUCGGCUCCAGAGCUGAAAUAUUAUUACAUGGGGUAUUAUAUCCAUAGCUGUAGGAAAAUGAGAUACAAAGGUAACUUCUUCCCUUCAGACCUUCUGUGUCCCGAGACCUAUCAAUGGUUUAAUAUAAAAGACUGCAUACCUAAAUUUGAGUCGACGCCGUAUUCCCGAUUAGAUACGAAUAUAGAUAACAUCGAUAAGAAUUAUCCCACCGAUGGUGAUAUAAAUUACGUACCCGUUUUAGUUAAUGGAAGUGUUUUUCUUUACAAAAUAUAUAAAAGAACAAUUGGCAAGAAAAAUGACGAUAAAGAAGAAGUUGCAGAAUACGCUCGUUUGGUUGGCACUAAAACGGCGAAGAGUUUGAUAUUAGUUAGAUAAAGUGAAUUAUCUGUUACCUAAUGAUUAUCUAUAGAAUUGUAAAAAUAUUGAAUUAUUUUAAUAAUUUAAUUAUUAUGCAAUUUAUGUAGUUAACAUGAAGAAUAUUAAAGAAACCUGUGUAUAAAGAUAAAAAUACAUGAUUAGAGAUAGAUAUAGGUACUUACCAAAUACUACUUAGAAAUCUAGUGAAAAUUUUAUAUUCUUGCUCUUAUGCACUCAACACUGUUUUCAUUAUAUACUCAAAUAUGAUUUUGUCAUAUUGCAUCUUCAAAAAACAUAAGGUAAUUUUGUUUUUUUUUUUUCGUAAUUAAUAAAUAAAUAUGUUUUAAUAUAGGAAUAUGAUUACUAGUCACGUGAACAUUUAUGGUAAUCUUCCCAUUAAGUUGUUUUAAAAAAGCGUAGCUUUAAAACAUUUAGUGUGAAUAUUACUGCUCAUAAAUAGUCUUUCAAAUAAGGCGGUAUGGCUGUCACAUUUGUAGAAGAUAAUACGUAUUCAGCAUUCAAUUCAAAUAUAUAUACAAUUAAAAUAAAAAAUGAAAUGAAAAUCUCCAAAUGAAUAAUAGUAAAAUAAAUGUAGUUACUAUAUUUUUGUACACAAUGCGAAAUUAUAAUAAAUGUUUUCUCAUACUUUACAUAUAGAGGUCUUUUUAUGUAUUUACUUAUGAUAUGUAAAUUUCAUUUCGAUUUGGUAUGGAAUACUCGAAAAAUAAAGUAAAAUGAUGUCUUGUAUGAUAUAAUGUACCAGUAGACGUUACUUUAUUACUUUUUAACAGGGUGUUACUAAAAUGAACUACUCUACAAAUUAGUAUUUUGCAAUUUAUAACUUACUGAGGGGGACUGUCCACGACGUUUAUUUUUCCUUUUCUCUUCCAUAUUCCUCUGUCUCUCUUCUUUUAAUUUUCCAUAUAUUUAAUUUACAUCUGUUUUCUAUUCUCAUCAUUUUCUCUGUAUUUGUUAUUUAACAAACAUGAGAUAUUAUUAAUGAGAGAAUAGCUUGAAAUCUCGUUAACAUUCAACCAUAAACCAUAUAUUGUAUAGUCCCUAUACAAAACUUGUCUGCUUGAUUAUAUAACUUUGUCCCAUUUAUAAUUUUGUUGCCAAACAGCUAAGUCUGCAAGAUGAUGUUGCAAGCUUGAUUGAUGGAUGGGACAAUUCAAACUCAUUCAAUCCGAUAUGCAUAUAUAUAUAGUAUAAAAUGAACAACUGAAAUAGGACAUUUGUUAGUUUCCCUGUGGUAAAACUUGUAAUUAUUGCAAUGAAAAUUAUAUUGUAGAAAUUCAUGAAAUAUAUAGACAAUGUAUCAAGAAUUAAUUUCUAUUUUGUUUUUAUGAUCUUUACAGUAGGAUACAACGUUGUUUAGUUGACAUUUAAAUAUAGGCCUUAAAAGAAAUGUGAAGCAAAAAUGUAAAAGAAAGUAUAUUUUCUUCUCUCUAAAUCAUUUUUGUAAAUCUAUAUAUAUCUUAUAUUUAUAAUUGGCCAAUAUGAUUUAUUCUUAUGUCGGUAGAAUUUUAAAACAAAUACGAGGUUUGUCCGGAAAGUACGUAUAAAAGUUUUUUAAAAAUUUUAUUUUACAAUUAUUCAGGUAAAUCAAUUUUAUCCCCUUCAAAGUACUCCCCCUGUGACAUAAUGCACUUGUGCCAACGCCGUUUCCACUGUGAGAAGGCUUCUUGAAAGUCCUCUGGUUGUAGGUUUCUCAGCUGCCCCGUCGUAGCUUUUUUUAUCUCAUUUAUGUCCCCCAAAUGCCGCCCCCGAAGUACCAAUUUGGUUUUUGGGAACAAGAAGAAGUCACACGGGGCCAAAUCCGGCGAAUAGGGGGGGUGUUCGGUCACCGUAAUGGAAUUUUUACUCAAAAACUCACGGACAACAAGAGAGGUGUGGGCAGGGGCAUUGUCGUGGUGAAGAAUCCAACGCCCCUCUCGCGCCAAUUCUGGACGAACUCGUGCCACACGAGCUUUGAGGCGUCUGAGCACAUCGACGUAGAAUUUUCCAUCAACUGUCUGGCCUGGAGGGACGAAUUCUUGAUGGACAAUCCCCCGAACAUCGAAAAAAACAAUCAACAUUGUCUUGACAUUUGAGCGGGAUUUUCUUGAUUUUUUUGUUCGUGGUUCCCCGGAUGUCUUCCACUCUUUGCUUUCACGGCCAUUCUUGCCGAGUUUCGAGAGAAACUUGAUUACGACGCGCUGCUCUUCAACGGAAGCGGGCUCCAUGCCGACGGGGUUUCGUUAAGAGGUAACUUCACAGAUGGCGUGACAAGCCAGUUCGCACCGCACGGCGGUCAGACCAGAACUGAAGCAUUGUUAGGGACAUAAGGAAGGGGUCCUGCGCUUACCUGGCCUCCCCACUCCUCUUUUUCGCAUUCCAGAACACUUUUAUACGAACUUUCCGGACAGACCUCGUACACUUGAAUGCUGAAGACAGAUAGACGAAACUUCUCUGAUUCCCUCGAAUAUGUGUCAAUAUUAUUUUUUAAAUGUGUUUAAGUUUAUUCAGCAUCUUAUGCUUAUUGGUAUGGAUCUAAGUACUUAUUAAUACAUUAGAAAGCAAAUUAUCUACUUAUGCUUGCGAGUUAUUUAUCCUAUCCACAGUUUGGGUUGUUUUAUACUUAACACUUUUUUUGUUAGAUUAAUUUACUUUAUGCCAGUUAUGUUAGGCAAUCGUCAUAAAUAACCAUGAUUUGUAAAGAUAUAAUUUAAAACUUGCAAAAAGUUUAUUCAAUAAAGUGAUAUUUACAUUAA